UCAUGUCUUCUCACGGAAGUAUAACUAAAGCUCUUCUCGUCUUGCGAUGCGACACUCUCGUUCUCAUUAUCAUUUUGUCUUAAACUCGCAGGAGCUGAAUAAGUGAAUAGAUAACAUAAAUGCCUUUUUUUGUUUUAUUUGCAAAUCUGAUGACAAAAAAAUAUGCAUAAUUAGCACAUAAAAAUCUAUUUGUUUAUUUAGGUGUUAAUAUGUUUUGACUGUGUAUAACUAAGACGUAUGGUUUUUGGUGCUCGUUUUGUAAGCUUAGUGUAGAAUCCUAUUUAGAUUUAGAAAUUAAUUUGUAAAUAUGGUGGAAGUGAGUAAGUUUUGGUUCGACAAGGCCUGUGGGCACCGGGGGUGUCACGAUUUAAUCCAUCCAUGGACUUACAAGUGUAGUGAUGCGACAAUAAGCAUGCUAGCAGCAAAUAUUAAAGGGGCUUAUAAAUUCUAUGCCAUGGUGUAUCUGAUACAAAUAUUGAUGAAAGGCAAGAAACUGACCAAAGAAGAGAUGCUGGAACAGUUCAAGCUGUAUCUGAAGUCUGGAAUAUUUGGCCUUACUGUUGGAAGCUCUUUUGUGACAUUAAACUGCAUAUUCAGAAAAUUGUUCUUCAGUGAGUUCACCUACUAUAAGACAGUAUUGCUGCCCUGCACUAUCAGCGGGCUUGCAGUGUAUUGCGAGCCGCCUUACCGAAGGGUCAUGGUUGUUAACCUUUUUGUUAACUUGGUAUUUGAAUAUUGGUUAAGGACACUAGAAAUGAAGGGUUGGCUUCGGCGGUCCCCCGGCAGGGAAACGCUUAUCUUCAUGCUUGGAAGUGCUGUCUUUUUCUACCUAAUGCGAAAAGAAAGAGAGAAUCCAAAACGGACUCCUUUAUUUUGGUUUUUCACGCCCCCUCGCGUGUCGAAAGAAGUAGGGGAGCCAGUAGAAGGCAUUGGUGGUCGCAGCCCAGCCUGCCCCCAUGCGGGUAAUUGUGUCAACUACGUGUUAAAGGGCACAGCGCAGCUUUUCGGCGUCGGCUGUGCGAUGACGAUGCUUCGCCAGAUCAUCCCUAGGAUACUGACUCCCGCUAAGGCGUUCAAGUCUUUGAAGUUCUCGCAUAUGAAAUUGGGCAUUUUCUUCGGAGGAUAUAUAGGAAUUUAUAGGCUGAUAGUGUGCCUGCUGUGCCGCGCGCACGGGCGCGACAGCGCGCUGUGGGCGCUGCCGGCGGGCUUCCUCGCCGGCGCGGCCUUCCGCGUGGCGCCCUCCACGCCCAUCGCGCUCGCGCCGCUCACCUCCACGCUACAGAUCCUGGGCUCGUGGGGCUACCAGAAAGGCCUCAUCCCCGAGAACCUGCCUCUAGUGGAGCUGUUAUACUGCCUGUGCCAAGGCCUGCUGUUCCACGCGCGAGUCAUGCACGAGGAUGUAUGUCCUCGGUACAUCAUCAACUUGAUGCACACCGUCACUAGUAACCGGUAA